AUGCACGCGCCGUCGAGGACUGCGUUCGAUUUGUCCGCACCUGCGUGUAUUGCGAUCAACCUCCGCUCUUGUUGUCCUAGUCCGCUCAGUCUCUAUCCUGCACCAUUCUGGCUCUCCGGAUUCCGUCGGCAGCAGUUGCUGCACAGCUCGUUCGAACAAAUGGAAGCUCGCAAGGCAUUCUCCUCCGCCACUCGUUCUCUCUCCGCCACCUCCCUUAGAACUCGUCUCACCAGCCUCACCAGCACGCCCCUCCGCAGCCCUGUCCCCGUAUUCAAUCCUCCCAACAUCGACUUCGUCUCCUCUAAGGUCCCCAGAAAGAGACGGCUUCAGACACUCGCCGUCGCCUUAUGGUCCACGGCUUUCGUCUGGUGUACAUUCACGUUCUUGCUACUCCUGUCCUUCCCACCACUAUGGCCAUUCCUCGCCGCAUACAUGGUGUGGGCAUACUUCAUCGACAAUAGCCCGGAGCAUGGCGGCAGAUUCAGCCCGUGGGUGCGAGCGGGACGCUUUUGGCGGUACUUUGCUGAGUACUAUCCUGCACUCGUGCUGAAGACGUGUGACCUGCCCACAGAUCGACCAUACGUGUUCGGCUAUCAUCCGCACGGUAUCAUUGGCAUGGGUGCCCUUUGCACGUUCGGAACUGAGAGUACAGGUUUUUCAGAAUUAUACCCAGGGAUUGUCCCCCACCUCUUGACGCUCGCAUCUAACUUUCGUCUGCCAUUCUACCGCGACAUACUAUUGGCGAUGGGCAUAUGUUCCGUGAGCAAGAAGUCCUGUAGCAACAUAUUGAGGCGUGGCGCGGGGCAGGCGAUCACGAUUGUCGUCGGCGGUGCUGCAGAGAGUCUUAGCGCUCGCCCCGGGACGGCAGACCUGACACUGAGGAAGAGGCUGGGUUUCAUCAAAAUGGCAAUUCAACACGGUGCUGACCUUGUGCCAGUCUUCUCAUUUGGGGAGAACGACAUCUAUCAACAAAUGCCAAACGAGAAGGGCACAACAACCUAUGCAUUGCAGAAAAAGUUCCAGAAUGUGUUUGGGUUCACCCUUCCUCUCUUUCACGGUCGGGGGCUGCUAAAUUACAACCUGGGGCUAAUGCCGUAUCGCAAGCGUAUCAUCGCAGUCAUCGGCAACCCUAUACACGUAGAGAAGUGCGAGAAACCGACGCUGGAGGAACUCACGCACGUUCAGACCCUAUACAUAGAAGAGCUCAUGAGGAUAUGGAAUACGUACAAGGACGAGUUUGCACGAUCGCGGAAGCGCGAGCUGAACAUCAUUGAGUGA